AUGGGGUCAAAAUUAUUGUUUGCCCUUUGCGCUGCCUUUUUUUGUAAGGUACAAUCUCAAGCAUGUGGGUAUCCACCAAUGGGUCCUCAAAUUAUGUCACCCCCACUAAUGGCAACUCAACAAGUAGUAGCUCCUCCAGUAUGCGCUACUACCAUCGUGGAUAACUCCGUAUCAAACGCCCUGGCUAAUGCUUUACAACUUUUAAUUGUCAGUGAUUUAAUUGAAUCCAAAUUGGGACCAGUCUUGGGUAACGGAAAUGCAUUUAACACAUUAGGACCAAUACUUGAAACUAUUUCAACGCCUUGUGGAUCAGCAUUGGAAAUAAUAUCUCAUAUUCAAGAAUUAUCACCUUGCGGUACCACCUUAGAGUUCAUACAACCUCGCGGUUCAUCGAUAGUCGAAACUAUACAGCCUGAUAUGUUCGGAGGUUAUACUGAAACAUUUGCACCAUUCUACGGCCCAUCUGGACCAAUUGUUGAAACGUUACAGCCUAACAUCUGUGGCGGUAUAACAGAAACAUUCUCACCGUACAGAAGUGGACCAAUAGUUGAAAAGAUUCAGCCCAAUAUUUUCGGAGGUGUAACUGAAACGAUUUCUUCGCGGUACGGACCUCAAAUCGUUGAACAAUUCAUUCCAAAUCCAUAUGGUUACACUGAAUCAGUUGGUGCUAACUUCUGCGGCGUUAACGAAUUGAAUCCAUUCUACAAUGGUUUGACCGAAAUCGUUUCUUCUUCUUGCGCUUUACCUUCACCAGUGAUCACUCCCAGUUAUUAUGAAAGAGUAUCUGAAAUAGUACCUCCUACAGCUCAGUUUCUACCAAAUUAUUACGGCGGUGUUACAGAAAUUAUGACACCCCCAAUGGCUGCAGAAGUCUUAUUUCCGUCAUCAAUACCAGCACAGCUGUCGUGUAACUUUGGGUACAAUUUACCUUCAAAUACCCCUUGUGUCAAUGUAAAUGUUGAAACAUUGCCUUUUGAACCGUGUGGUUGUAAAUCAUGCUCAAAGGGUUAUUAUUAUUAA